AUGGCUGCCAUACAGAAUUUUAAGAACUUCCUGCGCCAUGGCAAACAGGCCCGCCACAACGCGGAGCCCACGACAAAUGUAUCCAAUGUCCAUGCCCAGUCGCAACAGCAACGCUACAACCAGGCUCCCGAGCCCGCACAUCAUGGCAUCUCGGAGCCCGUAAUGGACCACAAGCCUCUCCAGAACAAUCCUGCUCCCCAUGGCGACUACUCGCAGGCGGCCGCAAAGGGCGCCGGCGUUGACCCGUCUGUACUCGAGCGCAUUGUUGCAGAGGAGCGCGAGGCAAAGGGCAAGCUGCCCAGAUACCCAGGCCUCGAGCGCUGGACUCUGCUCGAGAAGAUGGGUGACGGUGCCUUCAGUAACGUCUACCGCGCACGAGACAACACUGGCCAAUGGGACGAAGUCGCCAUCAAGGUCGUUCGUAAGUUCGAGAUGAACUCACAGCAGAGAGCAAACAUCUUGAAGGAAGUACAAAUCAUGCGCCAGCUCGACCACCCCAACAUUGUCAAGCUCAUUGACUUUUCCGAAUCACGGCAAUACUACUACAUUGUCCUCGAGUUGUGCCCCGGCGGUGAACUGUUCCACCAAAUCGUUCGCCUUACCUACUUUUCAGAGGACCUUUCUCGCCACACCAUUAUCCAGGUCGCCAAGGCUCUGCAAUAUCUGCACGAGGAGGCAGGUGUUGUACAUCGAGACAUUAAACCUGAAAACCUUCUUUUCUACCCAAUUCCAUUUGUCCCCACCAAAAACCCCAAGCCAAGAGGGCCUGAUGAUGAGGACAAGGCUGACGAGGGCGAGUUCGUCAAGGGUAAGGGUGCUGGUGGCAUCGGUCUGAUCAAGGUUGCCGACUUUGGCCUCAGCAAGGUCAUUUGGGACACCCAGACAAUGACACCUUGCGGCACUGUCGGUUACACCGCCCCUGAAAUCGUCAAGGACGAGCGCUACUCCAAGAGUGUUGAUAUGUGGGCACUGGGUUGUGUGCUCUACACUCUUCUUUGCGGUUUCCCACCCUUCUACGACGAGUCCAUCCAGACUCUUACCGAGAAGGUCGCACGUGGCCAGUACACUUUCCUUUCUCCAUGGUGGGACGACAUCUCCAAGUCUGCACAAGACCUGGUGUCGCAUCUACUCACAGUAGACCCCGAGAAGCGUUAUGACAUCAACCAGUUCCUAAACCACCCAUGGAUACGCGAGGCAGACGAGCCUACUUACUCUGCUUACGAUGCACCGCCUCUUGCAACACCUGCUGCCAAGAAGGAGCGUCUUCAGCCAGACUUUACCCACCUCGAGUCACCAGGCGCCCGUCGCAUGGACUUCCGUUCGCCUGGUGCUGUCAAUCUUCGAGAAGUUUUUGAUGUCAGUUAUGCUGUACAUCGUCAAGAAGAGGAGGGAAAGAGGAAGAAGCAGUUCAAGCAGGGAUACCGUGGGGCAAAUGCCAUCAACUCUUUGAACGCACUUGACGAGAACGAAGACGAUGAUGAAUACACUGCCGAGUCCGUACCAUACGAUGCCUCGUCGCAACAUCCACCAGCGAAGCUUCCCAAGUCACAAGGUGCUGACGUGUCUGGAAUGGAGCAGAAGAUGCGCAAUACCACACUAUCUGCCGCAGCGCAAGCACGUCAACAACAAGCCGCACCACAACAACGGGGCUAUGGCCAACAUUCUGCCGCUGUCGCAGCUGCGGCCAAGCGCCAGGUCAAGAACAAGGGUGCCUUUGAACUCAACAUGGACACAUCGAGUAUUCUGGGCCGCCGAGCCAAGAGGGGGCCUGCGCCUAGCGGUCUAAGAAACAACAUCUCUGUUGGUGGAACAUGA